AAUGUUUAUUUAAAUGGAAAUGAUACUAAAAUAAAUAUAUUUAUUAUUUACUUAAUAUCAAAAAAAUUUUUUUGUAUGAAUAAGAAUUCCAUUAUAUUGUUUAUUAUUUAGGCAAUCCCGAGUUAUAUAUAUUAGCGACGAUGAAAAUAAAUGCGCGGCCGGAUCCAGAAUACCAUUUCGUUUCCGAUCGAGACUGCGAUUGCGAUUAUGCGAGGCGCGGAAUCGCGUAAACGGGACUAGAAGAGACGAUUAACGCGAUGCGCUUUUCGUCGCUCAUCCGGAAACUUAGGCCAAGAUUUAAACAUUAGUGUCGUGACAGUUUAAUGUCUGCGUCUUGGCACGACGUACGAAGCGCACUGGCUACUAGAUGUUCAGUAGCGAUGUUGUAACCGGGCUUAUGACACGCUCGGAUAAGCUGACCGUAUAUUAUAACGGCAUUUAAUGCUCGCCCGUUGUCCUUUUCCCCCUGUCUUUAUUAUAAUAAUAAAGACCGAUAUAUCCGAAGGGAGUUUGCGGCGCGCCACGUGUACGAGUUGUCGUCGUUUCUCGAUGAUAGUCAAGAUCAAGGUAACGGAUCGAAACUGGAGGAUGACACAAAUAAUUCGACGCGAACGCUUACGAUAGUUGUAAGACGUGAAAUUGAUUACAUAAGAUAUUAAACAAAAUUUUAAACGAUUAUGCGAAAGGAUUAUGGCUCCGUUAUAUUUAUCAACAGACAGCGACCCCGCGCAUCUUCGUAACUGGUGUACACCUGUCGAAUAUUUACGCUUUCCGCGUCAUCGACGGGUUAUAGCACUCGUAUCUUUAGUUGGUAGAUUGACGGGACGAGGAGCGCUGUAAAAAUAGGAAAUGAAACUUACGAUACGAUCGCAGGCGGUGAGAAAUAAUUAUAUCAUCGCUGGCACGUGCCAACCAAUGCCGCGAAUGUUAUUAAUGCUUUAAUGUACAGUAUUACAAAUGUUAAAGAUAGCCAAACGUUCUUGCUAUUUUAAUACGCAAAAUUAUAAUUUCUUCAACGAACCGUAUGAUUAUCUAUAUUUUUGUUAGUCGUUUGAUAAACAUUCGUGCACGGAAAAAAAUGGUUCUGUGAUUGAUGAAGUAUCUACAAAUUUAGCCGGGUACGGAACAUAUGAAAAUAAUUUGGUUAUCCAUCGAAAUAAUUAUGACGUUGAAGCAUAAUAAACAAUGCUGCGAAACGUUUCGACAUUCCAGCAAUCUGCUUGAUAGCAUCUCGCCUAAUUAUUUUGAUAGACCGACAAAAUCAUUUUUAGCUAAAUAUUUAAAUGCUUUAGCAAGACUGUUCUUUCCGUGUGAAUUGCUCGGUUUAGAUGUUAUUGCGAUCUCUUUUUUUUUUCGCUAAUAAAAUUGCGAACCAGCAUCGCCUUGCGAUGAAACCGAAGUGAUAAUUUCCCGCGUGUAUAUAAUGAAGGAAAAGCGCGAGCGAUAACGUUUCACGUUACUUCCGCGAUAGCCCGCUCGUCCGAAUGACAAAUCUUCGAGAGCCCGUCAGCAUAAUUCAUCAUCACGUCAAGAGGCCUCGACGAGUUUCGAUGCGUGCCGUUCAAUAGCGACGCGGUACUCGCUAUUCAGCCGGAUUCGUCAUUGAGCUUCGAAUCUCGGAAGGCUCGGGCUAAUUCGGAGCCGCACGCGUAGCUCUCGUGCGAGACCCCCGAGCGUCGGCGCGCCAGAACAUCUUUACGAAAGCGCGACAGACACGCACGAGGAACACGACGUCUUGGGGAACACCCGCGGAGACGGUGCGAAAGGUGGACGGGGGAGGACCAGCGCGAGGAAGGAGGCACGAGGAGCGGAGUCGCGCAGGCGCCAAGCCAACGCGUGGAGAACGCUCGUCGUCCGCGUGGCGCGAGUUAGAACUUGGUGCUUUUAGUCUUGUCCCGUCCCUUCGUCCAUCAUCGUCCUUGCCAGGCGAGAGAGCAGCCCCCGCGGGCGGAGUCUCGUCAGAAAGGAAGUAUGCGCCCGGUGCCGGGACCGGUUGCGGCAAGAAGGACGCGGUGCCGAGGAGGAUUCCGCCUGGUCCACCGAUUGAACCGGCUAACCGUUCGCCAGCGAUGAGGAGGAACACGCGUCGCCCCCACGUGCCUUCCACGGGUUCGCAACAGCGCGGCGAAGUGAAAGUUUAUUGACGAAGCCUUUAACAAAAGCCUUCAACGAAAUUCUUUGACUAGAAGAUCAUCUAUCCGGUGAACACCUACACACGCGAUUGAACACGCAACUGAAGAUUGAUCGAAACGAAAAAAUCAGUAGAAGAAAUAAUAGGAAAGACAGUCAUCGUCAUCCUUCUGAAACAUAAGAUUUUGUAAUCUGAGAAGAAAAUCUGGAAACCGUAUAUGUUAUCGAGUACCGAUCGAUGUGCCUGAUUGCGACAUGUCGCAGGAGAUUUUAUCCCGUAGGGAGACCCUCUUGUCGGUUGAGACGAAUGAUCCUCGCAAUUCAAAGAGGAGCACCCGCGCUCUACGUCGAUGGCGCAUCCUGGCCAGGGCACUGGCAGGCUCGCCGCAGCCGAUCGGCAGCGAGUCGGAUGAGGAAGUGUCAGUGAGGCGAUUCACCAGCUUCGGUUUACUGAAGUGUGCGCUGCUGGAGAACAUGUUGGCUGACGGCAAGUUCAGCUGGUGCGAGUACUCGACCCAACUGAACGGUCAGCCGUACAACGUGCAGAUACGUCGGAUAAGCAAGUGUUUCACGGCGAACGAGCUGAUCGGCUUCAACAAUACCGGCAACGUGUGCGUGUGGCCGUCCGAGGAGUGUCUGGCCUACUAUCUGCUGAGGAAUCGCGGCCUCUGCUGGAAUCGGAACGUCCUUGAACUCGGUGGCGGCAUGAGCUGCCUGGCCGGCAUACUCGCCGCCAAGUACUGCAAUCCCAGCACCGUCACCCUCACGGACGGCAACGUGACCAGCAUCGACAACGUGCGCUGUAUCGUCGCCAGAAACCACAUGACGCAUCUGGUGCAGUGCGGGGUUGUUCAAUGGGCCCAGGCCGCCAGAGCCGUUCAGCAUCGGCAGAUGAACGGUAACCGUAUUAAGACCCGGACGGCCGACGACGACGAAUUUGCUCGAUUACCGUCGGGUCUCUACGACGUGAUCCUGAGCGCCGACUGCCUCUUCUUCGACGACGCUCGUCUGGAUCUGGUAGAGACGAUCUACGGCUGGCUGACCGACGACGGGGUCGCCCUGGUGAUGGCGCCCAGACGCGGCACGACAUUUCAGAAGUUCGCCGAAGCGUCGAUUAAACGCGGCUUUAUAGCGCGCCAGAGGGAACGGUACGACGACAUGGUGUGGUCGAGGCAUCUCGAAUUACUGCAGAACAGUCCGGAAUACUGUCCGGAUCUGCAUUACCCGAUACUGCUGGAACUUACCAAGCAGAAGAAGAUACCACCCGGAUAAUCGAAAACUCGAUCGUCUAGGAACGUGAGAAUUGAAAACGUGUUUGCGAACGUUUUUAAAUAUGUACUCUUCGUUUGCGUGCGCACAAAUAAAGUUAUUGCGAGGAGAAUGAAUGUACCACUUUUCCAAAUGAGAACGCGCGUUUGCAGUAUAAUGGGAUGUAAAGAUGCAUAAAGCUGCCUUUAUGUCGCCCAGCAAUGUCAAGGUCAAUUUUUUAUUAGUGCGUUCUGAUGAAACGUUUAGCGGUCACAUUUACUUGCGAAUCGAUCUUCUGCUCGCACGCAUCGUUCCACAUCGUCGCCGCUAUCGGAAAAGUUUCAUAAGGAAGGUAUUAUGAACGACGUGCGAGAAUCGUACGGUGAGCUCUUUUGAACGUGCCCGACCUUCCCUGCCGUUAAUUAACGGGUAUUUGCGAUACACACUCGACAUCUUAUGAAUGAACGCGUAUCUGAAAGUACAAAACGUUAAUAAGAUUCGUUCUUUCAACAUACCAUAUAUUUUUUUUUUUUUAACUCUUACGUAUGAUCAAUUUUUGGUAGACGUAUCUAUUUAUUUGAGACGCGCCUAGUAGCACGAAUAUUUGCAGCAAGUACGUUGGAUGGUACAAUGAGCCAUAAUCCUUCGCUUUAAUGCGAUGCCUGGCGUCGUCUGUUAUAAAACAGUUGAUAACAAAAAUAUCAUUUUUGUUGGUAAAACAAAGUUUUAAGCUUUAAACAAGUUUGGCCCUGCGCAUAAUAGAAGAAUAUUAAAUAUUAGGAAUAGAAAUUACAAUUUUAAAAUCAGUUUCCUUAAUAAACAUAUUAUAGAUAAAUAAUAAGUUAUAUUGUAUCUUGCACGACGAUUUACGUAUCUUAUUCGUAUCCAUUGUGCGUUACGUUUAAUGUUCAUUAAAAAAACUGAGAUUGUAAAAUUUUAAUUCCUCUUUCUAAUACCUAAUAUUUCUUUAUUGUGCGCAGGCGUUAUACUUUAUAUUGUUUGGUACAAAGCUUUAAGCAAGUUACACUUUAUAUUGAUUUUACGUAAUUAUAUGUGCGAAACAAAGAUGAGCCAGAUGUAAAAUCAAUAAAUGAACAAAUGUUAAAUUAUUAGACUUAAGCUUAGAAGCCUAAUUUAAGAGAACAUAAUGUUUAACAAAUUGUGUAUAUGCACUCAAAAAAGAAGUGUUUAAUUUUUAAGUAUUGUAUUAAAAUGUUUUAACGGAUUACGCAGUCCUGCGAGUCUUACAAAGGAACAGUCCAAACUGUUCCUCACCUGAUUUUGAUGAGCUUUAGAUAUGUUGUAGAACAUUAAAAAAUAUUAAGCUUAUAUUUUUUUAUCUGGUUAUUUCGAGGUUUAGAGGUCGAAAAUAAUGGAUUUUUUUCGUUUUUAGCGAAUAUCUUUGAAAAUAUGAAGUAUAUGAAAAAAUGUUUCAUAUUAAAGUUUUAUAGUUUUAUAGUUUUUUUAUACUCUGUAUAAUGGUAUAUUUACUUUUCUGCAAAAAUCAAAUUUUUAAAAAAUUUAUUAUAUUUGAGGUAGUGUUUCAACUUCUAAACCUUGAGAUAAGCAGAUAAAAAAAAAAUGUGAGUAAUAAUUUUUAAUGUUCUACAACAUUCAAAACUUAUUAAAAUCAUAUGAAGAACAAAUCCGACAGUUUCCUUGUUAGUAAAGAAGAGGGGUGAUGUAGGACUUUGCUGAUAGUACAGUGUGCUACCUCGCUAAUUCUAGAUGAAGAGAAGGGAAGAUAGAAUGUUGUUGAUACAACAUGUUAUCUUAGAAGGAGAAAAGGGGGAAAGGUACAAGGGUUGUUACGGGAGGAAAGGGUUUAAAGACUACCCCCGUGAUUACCUCUUAAUUAAUUUACCAGUUAUUGCGAUAAAUAUUACCAAGUGCCUCGGUGGUCGAACUGACUAUGAUACCCUGGUCAAGGUAAUAUUUUUCGUGCUAUUUCACGAGUGUCAGAAGGGAGGAGGGUACAAGAGUUGCAGGAGGAAAGGAUUUAAUAACUACCCCCAUGAUUAUCUUUUAAUUAAUUAACCAGUUAUUGCGAUAAAUAUUAUCGCAAUAAAUUUUUUAAUUCUUUAAUUCUUUUUGGGAUAAGGGGAGAUAGUAGAGAUGCUUGUAAGCAUCAAAAAUUAUUAAAUCGAGUAUCAAUUUAAUUUUCGUGAUAUUACAUUUCUUGGUUCUUCUUAAAAAGCUGUGCUUUAAGUCCGGCACGCAGUUGGGGGAAUCUUGUAAAUGUUUGUUUUACCUAAAAAAUUUGAACACAAAGAUCUGCUUUCGACCGGUAUAGUCUUCUCGUUAUUUAAAUGUGUUGUUACACUUCCCGGUCUUGUUAGGAUAUCGUAUUGCUUUUAUUAAUUUAAUUAUGCUACUUACGAUUACAAGUUACAUAUGCAAAAUUUUGAGAGAGAAUUCCAGCUGUAGAUUUUGAACAUUGUAAAAAUUAAAAAAUUAUUAUUUGGCACUAAGAACCGCUGUGACUAACAUAGGGUUGCUAAUCUUAUGUUUAAAAUGUUUUGUUUCCGUUUUUGUUUUUUAAAUACUUAAAAAUAUUUGAGUUUUAAACGAUGCUCAGAUUUAAAAUACUAAAACGUUUAGAACUGAAAUUUUUAAUAGCUGUAAACGUUUUAUUGUCUCAAAUAUGAGUACAGUUCUAAAAUUAAACACUUCAUUUUUAAAUGUGUAUACGUGAGAUUUCGAUAUGUAAAAAUCUGUUGAUGUUUCGUAAAUCGUGUGUAUGUAUGUAAUUGUAUAUAUUCAUGUAAAUUGUAUGUGUCUCCAUUUUAUAUUGAACCGGAUAGAAACGUUGCACGGAAAAAAGAAAAAUAGCUGCCAUAGCUAAAAACUGCAUGUAGCAACUACAUUACAGUCGUAAUAUGACGGCUAAUAUUACUUGUUACCUAUAUUAUUUAGCAAGAAUUUAACUACAUGGACGUUUAGCCUAGCUACAGAAUUUGCUUAUCCAAAUAUACUGUAACUAAAAGUGUAUUCAAGGUAGCUACAUUCAUUAGCUACCAAGUAUAUUGACUGAUAUACCUCUGACAUAUCGGUUAGUUCAGAUAAUUACUUUUAUGUUGCUAUACAAUGUGAUCCUAAAAUAUAUCGCAUGUCCCAAAUGGUCCAUUCAAAUUUUUAUGUUGAUCUAACACAAGAUGAAUGCGUUAGAAAGUAACAUAAAUAUUAUGUAAAAAAUUAACACGAAAAAUAUAAUACUUUGACACAGUUUGAAAACGAAAUAUAUAAACAGAUUUCUUUAAACAUAAAAGUAGUUGUCGCAACUAAUUGAUAUGUCAGAGAUGUACAGAUAAUACACUUAAUAGCUAAUUAAUGUAGUUAUUUCGAAUACAUUUCUAGCUACAGAGUAUAUUUUGGAUAUAGCAAAUAUGUUCUGUAGUAAAACUCGUGUAUCAGGUAGCUAAACUCUUUCAACUAAAUAAUAUAGGUAUCAUAGAUAAGAUGUUAGCUGCCCAUAUAUUACAACUGUAACUUUGUUACCAUACGCAGUUUUUAGUUAGCCAGUAACUUCUUUUUUCUCGUGCAAUCGAAUUUCGGGUUUGCGCCCGAGUAUCGUUUAUAAUAAAAUUAAAGUGUCAUUUAUAAUACAACGCGAUAGUGAUAGUUUUAUCAAUUAUCAAUUAAACAUCGACACUUUGUAAGUAGACAGCUCGAGCAGUAGCUCUCGAGUUCCUCGUUUUUCGCAACCGGCAGGACCAAUUGUAUAGACCGAGUUUAGAUACAGUCGAACCGUGACUCGUAGACUACGAAGUCAUUUCCAGUGAAUCCUAUUCAUCGCAAAACUGCGCUAAAAGACAUCCCUGUAUUCUUGAAUAAGGAAGAGAAUAUCAUUUAAUGCUACUUGGGUCCAAAAGUGAAGCGAAAUUGAGCCAAAGCAAAAUAUUGAUUGGAUCCAACGCUCGAUCUAAACGUUAAUAAAAAAUAUCAAUUAUUCGAUUGUUAUUAUAAACAGAUGCAGAUGUAGAUCAUUAUAAUCGAGUAGCAGGAUAAAAAAAGAGACAAUUUUUACGUGAGUCGACAUUGCCUUAUUCAUGUUGCAUUGUAGUAAUUUAUUUAUUUAUUUAUUUAGGUACGUUUAAAUCUUUGCAAUACGAAAAGGAGUUUCCAAGUACAUUCUAUAAUUAAGUAUCUCCGAUCGCGUUAUGAACCUAUUACCUCAAAGGACCAAUAUUUAUUAUAGACAUAGUCUUAAGUCUAGUCAGAAAUAUCAAACGUACUUCCACCGUUACCUCAUCCCCUUCGACCGAAAAAUCAUCCUCGAAAUGAUAGUAGUUAUUUUUUUUUUUAAAUACUAAAUAUAUAAGAAAUUUGGGUUAACGUUAAGCCAGCACCUCCACUUUCAAACGUGAUUAGAAAAGUGUCGAUUUUUCUAAUAAUAGCUACUUUCUCGAUAAUUAAGACUCCUUCUAAUUUAAUUCAUAAUUUCGUUAGCACACGUGUAGAGAGAUUUUAUAGACACUUGACUUAUUUAAGAAGAUACCUACGAUCAAUUUGAUAUUUGUCUUUGUACUGUUAUUUUGCUCUUGUAUCGGGAAAGUGGAUGCAUACUUUGGGCGCGAUUUUUCAGUCGAAGGGAAUGAGCACGAAAAUCUCGUUGUAUAUAUUUCGAAAGCACAUAAAUAAAGGAAUGUUUUGAGCCUACGACCAAUUUGAUAUCUGCCUAUUUACUGGCACUUUAUUCUUGUAUCGGGAAGGUGGGUGCGCACUUCGGGGUCGGUUUUUCGGUCGAAAGAAGGGACGAGCAUGAAAAUUUCUUCGUACACAUUUUAUGCUUAACGUUAAGCCAGCACUCCCACUUUUAAUGAUUUGAUUUUCUACCAAACUGCUCGAACGCACAAAUUAAAAAUACAGUAUGUAAUUAACGCACAUAAAGCACUUAAUUUUUGCAUAGGUAUUGUUUCGAUUUUUUUUGUGGUGGGGGUGCUAACUUCACAGGCUGCUAAUCCACGUGGCUAGACUGGAGAAUUUAUGGACCUUUUGUAACUCUAGAGGGCCAUUUGUGUACACGUGCAUUAUGCGCGAGAGAAUCUCCAUAGUAAUAAACUAUUUUCAUCUAAAA